AUGCAAAAUGCACUUUUCAACAUACAACAAAAUUAUAAUUUAAUAUUAAAAUGGCAAAAAUUUUUAUUUUUAAUUUUCAUUUUACUUAAUAUAUUAAUAUCAAGUGUAGACAGUGUUGCUAGUUUUGAGAGGUCCUCUGUUGAGAGAUCUUUACCUAACUUAACUCGAGUUCGAGGGGAUAUAGAAAUAAAUCAGAAUAAAUCAAAAGAAGUAAAAGAACAGGAAGAGGAAGAUGAAGAAGACAGAAUAUGUAAAGCACGUUUAGAAAGCAAAAAACGCCAACAACAAAAAAUUAAUAAACAUUCUUCUGAAGAAAUUGGAAGAACUAAAUUUUUAAAAAAUGAAACGGAAGAUUUUGUUGUUAAAAAAUCAUUGAAACCUUUUUCUUCGAGUAAAGAAAGUGAAAAAAUAAAUGAUGAAUUAAAAGAGGAGAUAAUAACAAAAAGGCCAGCUAUAGAGGCUACAACCUUACAGGAGGAAAUAGAGGAGGAAACAUCAACUUUGCCUGACAACAAGGAAGAAAAUUCUGAAAAUGAAGCAAGCACAAAGAAGCCUAAAAGAAAAUGCCGUAAACGAAAAGAGAAAAAAGAGGAGGAAGAAAAAAUAGAAAAACAAAGGAAUGCUGAAAUUGGGGGAAAUGAUAACGAAAAUAAAAUUUUGGACCCUAAUUUGAUUGAAAAAGAAAAUAAUACAAUAUUAACUAGUGAAUUAGCUCCAAAAAUAAAUUCUUCAAUUAUUGACAACGAAGAAGAAAGUUUAAAAAAUGAUGGAAGGACUACUGCUGGGGUGGAAAAGGAGGAGGAAGUAAUUAACUCAAGAACAACAAGCUCACCUAAAGGAAAUAAAUAUUGGGAUUUUGACCAACUAAAGCUUCCAACAAACACCACAAAAAAUAAAGAAUCAGGUGAAACUGAAGAAGAAUUAAAACAAGUGACAAUAUCCACUUCAAUUAGCGAAUCAAAAUUAAAGGAAAUAAAUAAAAAGGACACGGAAAAGGACGCAGAAAAGGAAGAAACUCGAAUAGAAACAGUCAAAGAAGAUGUGAAGAGUUUAGAAAAACGUAAAGGGAAACAUCGGAAAGGGUCGAGAUCGAGGUCUUAUGAGGUUAGAUCUGGAGAAAGACGACAUGGAAGGAAAGGAAAGAAAUCUAGAGAAAGACAUCAUCAUGGGAGUAGAUCGAGAUCUUCGGAAGGGCAUAGAAGUAGAUCAAAAGAAAGGAGACACUCGAAAGAGAGGAGACACUCUAAAGAAAAGAGAAGAUCGGGAUCUUCAGAAUCUAGAGAAAGUCCAAUAUCAUAUAGAACUGGAAAGCAUAAAGGUGGAAGGAGAGGAAGUAGAUCUGAAGAAAUACUGAAAAGGGAUUCAAAAGAAGUAGUAAAUUCAAAAGAAGAAAAUUUAAAAGAAAUUAAAAAAGAAAAUUUAAAUAAAAAAUCUGUGGAGGUAAAAGUAGAAAAAUCUGUGGAAAAAUCAGAAAAAUCUGUGGAAAGGACAGAAAAAUCGGAAGAAAAAUUGGAAAAAAGAAAGAAGGAUGAAAGUAGCGAAAAGGAGAAAAUUGAAAAUGAGGAAGGGAAGAAGAAAAUAGUUGAAAGAAGGGAAGAGGAGAAGGAAGGAAAAUUAUUGAGUGAAGAAAAGAAGGAAAUAAAUACUUCUAAUGAGGAAAGGAAAAGAGAGUCAGAAAAUUCAGCCGAAACCAAAACAAAAUUUGAAAAAACAGAAGAAACCCAAAUUGACAAAAAAGAAGCAAAAGAAAGUGAGUUAGAAAAUGAUAAAGACAUAUCCGUUGAAAAACGUGAAAAUAUUAGAAAUAAAACACAAGCAGUUAAUUGUGAUGAAACGAGAGAAACACGAAACGAAAACACAAAAAAGAAAAAUCUAAAAACCCGCCAAAACGGAAUAAAAAUGGAAGAAUUAACUAAUAAUGAAGGCAAAUCUAAGAGAAAAUCAACAAGAAAAAAUUUAAAUAAUGAUGGGAAGGCUACAGAAUUUUUUUCUGCCAUAGAUGACGAAUUAACUGAAAAUUCGGAAAAUAAAAUUUCAGAAGAUGAAGAAAAUACAACUUCUCCAUUAAAAACGACAACAGCCGCUUUUCAAAGAUGGACUCCCUACAUUUUUGACUGUGAACACGAAGUAGAUGACAGAGGGGAACUUUUAUGCACUGAAUGGGCUAGGGGAGGAUUUUGCGAAAUAAACAAGGCAACCAAAUUUUUAUUUUGUAGAAAGACUUGUUUGUGUAUUGGUGCCAACUGA